GCUGUCUCCACUUCACAUAGGUUGGCUCUUUUUAACACGACCACACCAUUCUCUCGAACUCAACCCUCUGGACGACCUCCCGUGUGCAAGGCCGAAUCCAUUGUCCCAUGCCCCGUACGUUUCUUCGUCCCAUCAUUCUCCGCAUAUCGCAGAUCAAAGCAGGUCCACCCACUCACCUCGUUAGAACUUACGGAUCCCUGAAGGGUCAUUUUACGUCGCCAGCCUACAAGAGCGGCAAGACGAACGCCUCUUACGCCGCUUGCGCCCGAACGCGUCGCAAAACAUGUCAGCACCAUCACCGCAGGACGACGACAAGACGCUGUAUAAAAUGACGUUCUACGUCCCGACGCCUUCGACAAAGUCCGUGCUGGAGGCGGUCUGGUCCACGGGCGCGGGCACAUGGCCGAACGGGCCAGGACACGUUGCUGAGGCUCCGCCCAAGUAUACGGAGACUUGCUUUAUCAGUUCCGGCACGGGCCAGUUUAAACCGAGCGUGCAUGCCGAUCCGCAUAUCGGCAAAUCCGGGGUGGUGGAGUAUGUGCAGGAGGAUCGGGUGGAGAUGGUCGUUGUAGGGACGGCGAGAGUGCGCAACGCCGUGGACAAGUUAAGGGAGGCGCAUCCUUAUGAAGUCGUAGCUUUUUUCGUGACGAAGUGCGAGGAUUUUUGAGGUCUAUGCACUAGAUAACCGAGUGAAAAAGGAGGAGGGUACAGAGUAGUAGUGAGUGGUAAGACAAAAAGGCAAAAACUCUGCCAGCCAGCUCCUAGGAACCGAUGUUCCUAGAAGGUGGCUGGUGAGGGAAACUCCCUAGUGGGUUAGGUGGUUUUUCUCGAUCCGAAUCCGGAUCCAGUGGUGUUGAUGGUCGUAGUUGUUGAAAUUGAUAAAUCCCGUUGAAUCCCAAUUGUAUACUCC